AUGAUAGAGCUAUCACAGGUCCAGGUUGGAAACCUUCGAUACAAUUCGCCAUGGGCGCAGGUUGUCAUCGUCGGCUUCGUCGCGUUUUGUUCCGUCGGCAUGCACAGCGCCAUCAGCAACCUCGGCGCCGGUGGUAUGCAGGACGUACAGCUGAGCGACAUUGCCAACAGCGUCCUUUACGGCUGCUUCUUCCUCGGCGGCUUCUUCGCCGGUAGUGUCAAUAAUAUCCUAGGUCCUCGUGUGACGCUUUCCAUCGGUACUACCGGAUAUGCCCUCUAUCUCGGAUCGCUCUGGAACUUCCAGGUCAACGGCACGCGCUGGUUUCUCAUUCUCGCCGGCGCUAUUCUCGGCUUCAGCGCGUCGCUGUUCUGGGCCGCCCAGGGCGCCGUCAUGAUGUCCUACCCGACCGAAAAGGACAAGGGCCGCAGCUACAGCGUCUUUUGGUCCAUUUUCCAGCUCGGCACCCUCAUCGGCUCCGCCAUUGCUCUCGCCAUUUCUUACCACAGCAACAUGCCCUCUGUCGGCACGGGCGUGUACACGGCCAUCAUCGUCAUCCAGCUGACGUCCAUUGUCACUAGCUGGCUCGUCCUGCCGCCGCACCUCGUCGUCCGCGGUGACGGCACCAAGGUCGAGAUUCAGGCGUCGCUGGGGCCGAGGCAGGAGGCCAAGGAGUUUAUCCGCAUGUUCAAGGACUGGCGCAUGCUGGCUCUCUUUCCCAUGUUCUUCGCUUCCAACUACUUUUACUCGUACCAGGGUGCCAUUACAACCUUUCUCUUCAACGGCCGCACUCGUGCUCUCGUCGCCCUGCUCACCGGUCUGGGCUCCAUCAUCGGCUCCAUCAUAAUUGGUCUUCUGACUGACACGUUGCCUUUUUCGCGCCGAAACCGUUCCCUCGUCGCAAGUGGCGCCGUUUUCCUGCUGGUUUGCGCAGUAUGGGGUGGCGGUGUCGCCUUCCAGCUGGAUUUCAAGCGUGGCGAUACUGUGCUCAGGGGCCAGCCUCUUCCUUGGGACUGGACUGAUAGCCCUGCGGGGGGACCCAUUGUAAUGAUGUUUGCUUACUAUGUUGUCGAUGCGGCCUUCCAAGGUCUCGCCUACUAUACCAUGUCGGCCAUCACCAAUGAGCCUUUCAAGCUCGCCCGCAUGGCUGCUUACUACAAAGGCAUCCAGUCGGCCGGUGCCGCCGUGUCUUUCGGCAUGGAUGCAGUAGAGACGCCCUACCUUGGCGAGAUUCUCCUCUCGUGGCUCCUCAUUGUCGUCUCGCUGCCUCUUUGCGGGCUGGUACUCAUGAAGAUUCGCGAGUCCAAUUAUGAUGUGGAGGAAGUCGCUCGAGUGGAUGAUGACGUCGAGAACUCUGGGCUUACCAAGGCCGUGACUCCAUCAUCGGCAACGGCUGCCGAUCAAGUGGAGGAUCAUUAG